AACUAAUGGUCUCUUUCUCCCUCUUUGGCGUUUUACUUAACCCUCCUCCCAUCUCUCUCUCCGUUUCUCUCUCCAAAAUCGAGCUUAAAUUGGGUGGUCUCCGUGAAUUGGGGAUAAGGGGAGAGAGAGAGAGAGGAGAGAGGAGGGGUGUGGUUACCGCGGCGGUGAGGGUAUGGCGUACCACGGCCAUGGCCACCACCUCUCGCACGAGAUGGGGAUGGCGACGCAGUACGCGGAGGACAACGCGGCGGUGCUCAGAACCGCGGCGGCGGCGGCGGCGGCAGCGGCGGCGGCGGCCGCCGAGGGCGGGGUCGGCGGGGGGCCGGCGUGGCUCAACAGCGCGAUCCUGCGCCAGCAGGGGGCGGCGCAGCACGGGUACGUGGACGGGAGCUUCCUCCACCUCCAGACGAGCUCCGACUCGUCCGCGGCGGCGCCGGCGCCGGCCGCCGGAGGCGGCGCAGCCGUGCAGUGGCUCCCCCGCCCGGCGAUCCUGCAGCGGAACGGGAGCGGCGGCGGCGGCGGCGGGGGAGGAGGGUCCGAUGUGGCCUUACCGGGGGAGACGUUGAUGUCGGCGUCGGGGAUCUCCGCCGAUCCGGGGAGUAGCCACGGCGGAGGCGAGGAGAUCGGGGAGGGCGACGCGGGGGAGGGGACUGGGGGGGCAGGGGAAGGGACGUGGCAGAGCGCGCGGUACAAGGCGGAUAUCCUGGCGCACCCGCUGUACGAGCAGCUGCUCUCGGCGCACGUCGCGUGCCUCCGGAUCGCCACGCCGGUGGACCAGCUCCCGAGGAUCGACGCCCAGCUCGCGCAGUCGCAGCAUGUCGUCACCAAGUACUCGGUGCUCAACGGUGGAGGCGGUGCCGCUCACAUGCCCGACGACAAGGAGCUCGACCAGUUCAUGACACACUAUGUCUUGCUACUCUGCUCAUUCAAAGAACAGCUACAGCAGCAUGUCCGUGUCCAUGCAAUGGAAGCAGUGAUGGCUUGUUGGGAGCUUGAACAAUCUUUGCAAAGCUUGACAGGUGUAUCUCCGGGUGAAGGUACAGGUGCAACCAUGUCUGAUGACGAUGAUGAAGACCAAGCAAAUAGUGAAGCAAACUUGUAUGACGGGUUGGACGGGCCGGACACUCUGGGCUUUGGGCCUCUUGUCCCAACGGAAAGCGAGCGCUCAUUGAUGGAAAGAGUCCGACAGGAGCUGAAGCAUGAACUGAAACAGGGUUACAAAGAGAAGCUUAUAGACAUAAGAGAAGAGAUUCUUCGCAAGCGAAGAGCUGGAAAGCUCCCAGGAGAUACCACUUCUACUUUGAAAGCUUGGUGGCAGUCCCACUCGAAGUGGCCAUACCCAACAGAAGAGGAUAAGGCACGGCUGGUGCAGGAAACAGGAUUACAGCUGAAGCAGAUUAACAAUUGGUUUAUCAAUCAAAGGAAAAGAAACUGGCACAGCAACCCAUCCUCAUCCUCUGUGCUGAAAAGCAAACGUAAAAGUAAUGCAGGUAACAACAAUUCCCAGAACUUGGUAUAGAUGACUGGUGAGGAAUAGACAGCAACGAGCAAUGAACUCAAGGAAUUGCUCGCAAAAGUCGUAUGGGUACUCUAUUGGUAUUUAUGUAGAAAGCUAAUUAUAGCACAGGGCAUAGGAAAAUUUCGUGAAGUACUUCGAUUUGAACCACCGCAACAGCUUUUUUCCACAGGUGUGUAGAGAUUUCGCAGCAUUUAGUGGGCUUUCAUAGAUCAUAGAUUAUAGUAAUAUCGUGAAACAAUCUAUUCGGUCUCUUCUCUUUCAAUUGGAUGGUCUAAACUGAUUGGUUUGCUUCUAUAUAUAUAUAUAUAUAUAUAUAGAUGCGUGGAAUAAGAUACGUGCACGAAUGUACAGUAUAAGAAAA